GACUCGCGGACCUGUGUCUGCUGCCUCGACCGCCCCCGCAACAUGGUGCUCCUCGACUGCAUGCACGUCGUCGCCUGCGAGGCGUGCGCGCCCCGCCUCCGCGAGUGCCCGAUGUGCCGCGCGCCCGUCGCGCAGACGCGCCGCAUCUUCCAGUGA